AUGAACAUCGACUAUUGCAGUGAUUUAAUUGAAUUGCCCGUGGAGGUUUGUGAUCUUAGUAAACUAAGGAAGCUCAAUGUUACUAACUGUCAUAAGCUAUCUGCCUUGCCUGAAGAGAUUGGAAAGUUGGAAAAUUUAGAACUGUUGAGGCUAAGAUCCUGCUCAGAACUGUCGAAGCUUCCAACCUCAAUGAAGAACCUUGGAAAGGCAAACUUUCUUGACAUAUCUGAUUGCUUCAGCAUCAAGGUGUUGCCCGAAGACAUUGGUGAAAUGAGUAGUUUAAGAAAGAUCAACAUGAGACAAUGCUCAAGGUUGCAAGAGCUGCCUCCAUCAGUCAUGGAUCUUGAGCAGUUAGAGGAAGUGGUCUGUGAUGAAGAGACAAAAUAUUUAUGGGAAGCCUUCUCACCGUUUCUCAGCAACGUAAGGAUAACUGUGGCCAAAGAGAAUAUGAACCUAAAUUGGCUCCACAAGACUCGGUUCUGA